AUGCCGCCGCCGCCGCCGCCUCCGUCAGGAGGUAGUACCUCGUUCGUCGCGGACAGACACCGCAGUUUUCUCCGUUUGCGAGGUUCUUUCAUCGCCGCCGCCGUCACAUCGCCGUGUGGUAUGCCCGUUCAACGGGUGGUGAUGCUGCUGGUGGAGAUUUCCGGGACGUCGAACGUCUGUUCGUCCAUCACCCGCCGCCGCCGCCUUCUGCAGGCCUCGCCACACUUUCGGUCCGCUAACGGUCUAGGCUCUCCACGCAAUUUAGACGUCCAGUCACCGUCUCGCGCACCCUCGUCCGCCGCCGCUCGUGCCGCUGCAGCCUUUUGUCUGCUACUCAAUUAUCUGGCCGGCUCGUCGCGAGACACGCGGCCACAGCUCGUCGGUGAAAUGGCGACCUUCCUGAACACUCAGCUCGCUCCGACCGGUUGCGUCCUUAGCCUUCGUCUCUCCUUCGGCUAUCACCGACUUCGCGUUCCCCACGCUGGCGCCGUGUGGACGACGCGAAAGACGAAAAGCGCCAUGGUGUCAAAGACCCGCUUCUUCCGUCUUACGCACGCCAGACUAGCCGCCGAAAGAAAGCAGCGUCGCAGCGUAGCGCCCCGCACCCUUUCUGAUUCGCGUUCCGUCUUCGCCGUUGCUGCUGGCGAGAGAGAUGAACGCGCGCACGAAAAGAAACGCCACCUGCUGAUUCCUGCCAGUAUAUGCUUGUCUCAAAGCUUAAGCCAGCGCAGCUACGGCGAUGUGACACAGGCUGCGACGUCGGCGCGUCGCCGUCGCCUGCGUGCCGCUCACGCGGGGCACCCAGUCAACGCGCGGGUCGCGGCGCUACAUAUUAGACUACUGGAGACCGAUGCGCGCUAUUCCCGUCCUCCUCUCUGCUCGGUCGUCGUUGUCGUCACUGUCGCCUUUGAGCGGCGGUCGGCGGCGGCGUUUCGCGGCGGGGCUAUGGCGGCGCGCCCGCUUUGGGUCCGCCUCCUAUCAACUGUCGAUUUAUCGGUUAUGCCUGCUACCGUGGUUAAUACGGCAAUGGGAAUCGGGUCGAUCGAGAGGGAAAAGCAAACGGCUACAUCCGCGCGAAAGCGGCGCGCAAAUUACCCACUCCCGGCACGGGGAGGUAGUGACGAACGACGCCGCGACCUGUCGAGGCCCAUGAUCGAAAAUGAGCACACUUCCGUCGUUUCUCGCUCACCCGUAAAAAGGGGACGGUCGCCGAGGCCCUUCUUGCUAGCGCUGGCGGCGCGCGGGCUCUCGAUUGGGGCUUCGCGCUCGACCCUUUUCAGCCGGGGACCGUGCCGGGCGGGGAGUUUGACUGCGUACGUCUGUCAAACGGUAACGCAGGUGUCCUGGCAGCCUGAAGAGACGAAACCUCGCGAGCAAAGGGCAAAAGUCGUCGAUCUCGAUUUCGGUACGAAUACGGACUGCGAAAGCGUGGCCUUAUCGAUCCUUCCGGAGCGGAGAGAGAGCCCGUUCCGCCGAGAGAGGAACUGCGAUCGGAGCAACGGUUCUGCGUCGCCUUCGGAACGAGCGGCGGUGCCACGCCGCUCUGCGAUAACGGCUGAAAGCUCGCCGAACCGCGACCGGUGCCGUCACGGUAUUAUUACGAAGCGUCUCUUUUCGUUCCGCUUCGCUAUAGCGGCGUCGUCGUCGCUAGGGCGGUCGCGGCCGUCGUGGUCUGCGUCGGCGUCGUCGCCGCUGUGCGUCCGCUACUUUUUGGCUGUUGUCGCUUCGCAUCAUGGCGGCGUCCGCAAAUGCCACCUGAUUUGA